AUGGAUUCUCUCAUCAACCCUAGCCAUGGCGGAAACUCCGAUUCUCACUCUUCUUCUCUCGAUAGUCUCAAACCGAGCGUUGUAGUCAUCAUCCUCAUCCUUCUCAUGACUCUCCUUAUCUCCGUCUCCAUUUGCUUCCUCCUCCGAUGUCUCAAUCGCUGUAGCCACCGUUCGCUCCUCCCUCCCUCUUCUUCCUCCGCCGCCACUUCCGAUUCCCGCCGAUUCGCUGGUCACCGAGUCUCUCCGGAAACAGAGCGACCGUCUGUGCUCGACUCGCUUCCGAUUUUCAAAUUCUCCUCCAUCACUCGCCGAUCCAGCUCGUCGAAUUCCGGCGACUGCGCCGUUUGUCUGUCGAAAUUCGAGCCGGAGGAUCAGCUCCGUCUUCUACCUCUCUGCUGCCACGCGUUUCACGCCGACUGUAUCGACAUAUGGCUCGUCUCGAAUCAGACGUGUCCGCUUUGCCGGUCUCCGCUCUUCGCUUCCGAUUCCGAUCUGAUGAAGGCUCUUCACACCUCCUCGUCUCUCGGUGGCAACAACAACAACAACGGCGGAGGAGGAGGAGGAGGAGAAAACAGCUUCCGUCUCGAAAUUGGAUCAAUCAGCCGUCGCAACAACAAUCCGAUUCCGGAAUCCGUCGAUCAGCACCGGUCUUACUCAAUGGGCUCGUUCGAUUACAUAGUCGACGACGUUGAAUCGGAAAUCUCGGAGUCGAAUUUCAACCGCGUAAGCACAUCGCGAAAACAGGACGACGCGACUACAGCAACAACUGCGGUUGCGGUUACGUCAAAUUCAAAUCCGGCGUUUGAAUCGAGUUUAGCGGCAGAGAUAGGGAACGAUGGUUCUAGAAGCUGGCUUAAGGAUUACGUGGACAGGCUCUCUCGAGGUCUCUCGUCCCGCGCAAUGUCGUUCAGGAGCUCCGGUAGGUUUUUCACCGGGAGCAGUCGACGGAGCGAGGAGAUGGGAGUGGUGGAUUUAGAGGCGAAUCAUGCCGGAGAAGAGAUUAGUGAGCUUUUCAGGUGGCUAUCAGGGAUGUGA